CGCCAUCCUAACCCAGAAGACCAUUCUGUGUUUGGUACUGCGCCAUUCGACUGCGGCACGUCUCGGCCCCUGUCUAUUGCGGCCUAAACAGGCCUAGUCGCCAAGGCUCCUGGCCGGCUUCCGCUACCGCGGCUUCCUGCGCGCCGCUGCCGUGGCCCCGCCCCAGCCGCACCACCGCGGCAGCCGCUGCAGUCCUUGCCUCUGUGGGUCGCCUGCCGCAGCCUCUGCCGCCGCCGAAGUCGCCGCCGUCGCAGCCGCCGUCGCAGCCGCCGCCGCACCAGCCCGGCCUUCACAGUCGCCGCCAGAGCAUCCGUGAGUCAUUUCCUGCCCAUCUCUGGGUGAGCGAUCUCUGUUGUCACCACUUUAAAGAGGUGUACAGGGCUAGCAGCAUGGCAGAAGCGGAUCCUAAAAUGGUCACAGAACCUGCCACCCAGGGGGUUGCUGAAGAGGCGAUGGCUAGCUCAGCUAGUGAUUCUGGGGAAGACUCUGACAGCAAUAGUUCUAGCAGUACCUCUAGUUGCAGCAGCAGCAGCAGCGGCAGCAGCAGCAGUAGCAGCAGCAGCAGCAGUAGCAGCAGCAGCAGCAGUAGCAGUGGCAGCAGCAGCCGUGGCAGUCAAGUAUACCGAAAGAAGAGGGUACCUGAGCCUCCCAGAAGGGCCCAGCGGCCUCCCUCCGGGAAACAUUUCUUGGAUAACCUGCCUCAGGCAGUGAGAAAUCGGGUGCAGGCACUCCGAAAUAUUCAGGAUGAGUGUAACAAGGUAGACACCUUGUUCUUAAGGGCAAUUCAUGAUCUUGAAAGAAAAUAUGCUGAACUCAAUAAGCCUCUAUAUGAUAAGCGUUUUCAGAUCAUAAAUGCAGAAUAUGAGCCUACAGAAGAAGAAUGUGAGUGGAAUUCAGAAGAAGAGUUCAGCGGUGAUGAGGAAAUGCAAGAUGACACACCUGAUGAAAUGCCUCCCUUAGAGGGUGAGGAAGAAGAAGAAAGCUGUAAAGAAGAAGCUGAAGUAAAGGAAGAAGAAAAGGAUGUUCCAAAAGAAGUUCCCGAGGCAAAAGUUGAAGAACACAAAGCUCCCAAAGAAAUUCCUGAGGUGAAAACUGAAGAAGUUCCAAAAGAAGUUCCUGAAGAAAAAGUUGAAGCAAAGGAGGCCUCUGAAGAAAUUCCUGAAGUAAAGGCUGAAGUAAAGGAAGCCUCUGAAGAAAUUCCUGAAGUGAUGAUUGAAGAAAAGGAAGCCUCUGAAGAAAUUCCUGAAGUGAUGAUUGAAGAAAAGGAAGCCUCUGAAGAAAUUCCUGAGGUGAUGACUGAAGAAAAGGAAGCCUCUGAAGAAAUUCCUGAGGUGAUGACUGAAGAAAAGGAAGCCUCUGAAGAAAUUCCUGAGGUAAAGGUUGACGAAAAGGCAGACUCUACAGAUUGUAUAGAGAUAACUCCUGAAGAAAAAGAAGACCCCAAAGAAGUUCCCCAGGCAAAUGCAGAAAAUAAGGAUCAGCCUACGGAAGAAUCCAAAGUAAGGGCUCCAGUAAGAGAGGCUCAAAAAAGAGUUCCUGAGACAAGGCCUGAAGGAGGGAAAGUUAAAAGAGCUCGAAAGGGCAAACCUAAGAGAGAAGAUCCUAAAGGUAUUCCUGACUAUUGGCUGACUGUUUUAAAGAAUGUUGAUAAGCUUGGGCCUAUGAUUCAAAAGUGUGAUGAGCCCAUUUUGAAGUUCUUGUCUGAUGUUAGCCUGAAGUUCUCAAAUCCUGGCCAGCCUGUAAGUUACACUUUUGAAUUUCAUUUCCUGCCUAAUCCAUACUUCAGAAAUGAGCUCCUGAUGAAGACAUACAUAAUAAGGUCAAAACCAGAUCACUAUGACCCUUUCUUUGCUUGGGGAUGGGAAAUUGAAGAGUGCAAAGGCUGCAAAAUAGACUGGAGACGAGGAAAAGAUGUUACAGUGACAACUACCCGGAGUCGCCCAGCUGCGACUGGAGAAAUUGAAGUCCAGCCAAGAGUGGUUCCUAAUGCAUCCUUCUUCAAUUUUUUUAGUCCUCCUGAGAUUCCUUUGAUUGGGAAGCUGGAACCAAAAGAAGAUGCUAUCCUUGAUGAGGACUUUGAAAUUGGUCAAAUCUUGCAUGAUAACGUCGUCUUGAAAUCAAUCUAUUACUUCACAGGAGAAAUCAAUGAUCCCUACUACCAUGAUGUCAGGGAUUAUGGAAACAGGAAGUACUACAAGUGAAAAAGGCAAGCUAAAAGAUUUUUCAAGAAUGUUAAGAAGUCAAGCAAGCAGAAGUGAAACAGAUUCACCUAACCUUGUAAAAGAUAAAACUUACCCUAUUACCUGAACACUAUUACUCCUUAUAGUCUGGUGUUUUCUUUUUUCCUGGUAAUGUCCUAAAAAGUGUCUUAAGCAUCUGUUUAUUCUACCUUGCCUGUUGUAUUGUAAUAUUCUUCAAAAUCUGUAAACUGCUGUUAAUUUUCCAAA